GUGUCUGCCGUGCGCUCUGCUCCGGACGCCGUACACCUGCUACCAGAGAUGUCGACCCGGCGCCACACCGGCUGGCCACGCCCGCCCACUUCCGGGUCCGAGCGCUGCGCUGGCGCCAACGGGAUGUUGCCGCAGCCACUCGGUCCGCACUCAGAUGAUGGAUGCAAUAGAUUUGGCACGGCUUAGAGCAGCUCGACAUGAUUUGAGGGACAACUUGGUAUUUGACCACAUUGCUGCAGAGCUGCUGCAGGAAGGUGUCUUGGAUCGAGAUGAGUACCAAAGGGUUAAUUCUGCACCUUGUGAUGCUGAAAGGGUAGACCGGUUGCUGGAUUUGUUGCCUGAAAAGGGUAGCGAAGCAUUCAGAAGUUUCAUUAAUGCUCUCGAACACGAUUAUCCAUGGCUGGUUGAUGCUCUGCUGAAAGAUCCACAGGCAACUGAUGGAGUUAGACAAGAAACAGAUCUUUGCCUGCAGGACCAAAACAACACAGUUAAUGAGGAUGACAAAAGAAAUGUUUCUGAAAGAAAAUUUGACUCAGAUAAUACUAAAAAGUCUGAGAAGAAAAACACUGAAAAUACAAAAGAUGAUGACCGUGAGUUGACAACAGAAAUGAUGAAUGUUGUCAGAAGAAACUAUAGAGCAGCUCAAGGAUGGACGAGUUUAGCACAUACAUUAGGUCUUACAAAAUGCAUUAAUAAUAUUCGUAUGCGUGUUCUUGUUUAUGGAGAAAACAGUGAUGUAUGUGUCCAGUACCUUUUGGAAGAAUGGGUAGGAUUGAAGCCUAAGGAAGCAAAACUGAAUAAAUUGAUAUCUGCACUCAGGGAGGAAGGAUUCAAUGAUGUUGCAGAUUAUUUGGAAGCCAAUUACUUAUAGAGGAAGAAUAAGUGGAUGGCACUGAUGGUACCUCAUUUCACUGGAUAAGGAACAAAUCAUUUAAAUGACAUCACUUCCUGCAGCUCCUGUAUCAUCAUAAGUCCCCUUUGUGACUGAAACAUUUCGCUAUAUGGUGCCUUAGAAAGUAUUAUAAAAAUGGUUUAUUACUUAUUAUAGCAUCACAUAGAACUUUAUUAAAAGCAAUGAUUGCAUCAAUCAUUUAUGUAUAAAAAUGUGUACUGUGCUAUAUUCUGUGUUUUGUGUUCAAAAACAAAUGUGGAUCACUCAAAAAAUACUGUUAGAACUGAUUUUUCAUUGUAGCACACUAGCAUAAACUGUGAAUGCCAUAUAUAGUGAUAUUUUUUAAAAAUUGAAUUUUAAAGAUCUGUUGAAAAGUGAUAUUUUAAUUUUUGUACUGUUGGUUAAUAGUAUCAAAAGAAUUGUUUGUUUGUCAUAAUGUGAGAAGAGGCUCUCGAUUGAGGAAAUUGAAUAGAAAACAGAACACAUUUGAAGAAAAUCUUGCUAUCUACUAUCUUCUCAUGGAUUUACAGUGCACUGAGUGUGUAUGUGGAGGGAUUGUGUCUCUCAGAAGUAAGUCUGUAAAGAAAUAAUGGAAUGAGGGAAACAUUCACAAUGUUUUGGUCUCUGGCUCUUAACUGAUGGACUGUUUUUAAUUAUAUUGCUAGACAGAAGCAAUGCCACAAAGGGCUGCAUCUUGUGAUUGCUUUUACGAUUCAAGUCAAAUGCUGAUGAAAAUUCUUAACAGAUUGUAUUGGUUCUGCCUUGCAUAGAUUCAACUACAAAUUUCAGCAUAAAAUGAUGAUACUAUUUUGGUUAAGAAUUUAGGAGUAUAGCACUUCAGGGAUAAUUUCAGAAAGGAAAAUAUUUUAUGAAGUGAACACGUCAGUAGCAUGCUUGUACAGCAUAUUUUCUAUUUUUAUUAUAUAAUAGGAUAGAUUUUCAAAAAAAAGUCUACACGUGAAGUUGUGGUAGGAAUAAAACACAUAAGAAAGAUGUGUAAACAUGUGAGCUUUUGGAGCCAUUGGUUCCUUCUUCUGGCGUAAGGGUUGAAGGGAAAGGACACGGGACAAAAGACGAGGACUAGUGAGGUUUAGGAUAUGAGAAGAGUAACAGAAAAGUCAUCCAGAGCUGCAGAUCAAAGUUUCCUUCUCAUCCCAUCCAAUGUGUGUCCCCUCUAACCCAGAGUUCUGGUCGACUUUUCUGUAACUCUUCCCAUUUCCUAAAUCACACCAGUCUUUUUCCUUCAUCCCUCUUCCUUUCCCUUCAACCCAAAGAAGAAGCCACUAGCACUGAAUGGUCACACGUUUACACUUAUUUGUUAUGUAUUUUUGCCUGCUGCCACUUGGUGAGUAGGUUUUUUUAUCUAUCCUAGUACUUCGUAUUUUCAAACAUUGAUUAUUUUCAUUGAUAUAUCUUCAUUUUUGCUAUAUGUGCAAAAUGAUUCUUAAUUUUAUCUGAAUCUAGUUGAUGAUUUCGUGGCCUAAAUUUGUGUGAUUGAUAUCUAAAUGUUAUAUUGUUUUGAAAAAUUAAAGUUAGAGAAGUGACAGCUCUUGACAGACAGAUUGAAUAAUGUAAGAGUCAAAGUAUGAGCAAAAUUUGCAAGUAUUGCAGUAUAAACUCAGAUCUCACUUUGUGCCAGGAAGACAAGUGUGUAAGAUUAAUGUGUUCAGAUGUUUACUGUAUUAUAAUUUUCAAUGAUGCAUUUUUCAGUACGUAUAACAGUGGAGUAAAUACAGUUAAUCACUGUAUGCUGGAAAAGAGUAGCUGAGAGACUCACAGAAGUUGAACAUUGAAACUGCUGUGUGUGCUUGCUCUCAUUCUUCGUUGGACACACAGUGCUACACUCCACUCCCCAAGCUCUGUGGUGUAACUAGUGUGUGUGUGUGUGUGUGUGUGUGUGUGUGUGUGUGUGUGUUCAACUAUUUUUAAUGUGUCUCUUAGUUCCUCAACACAGCAUAAGAGGAUGCUUGUUUUCGCACCUUGCACUGUGUGUAUUCCAUCCACGAUUUUCCAUUACCACAUAAAUUUCUGUAAAUAAAAGUUCUUCUAUCUUUGAUAUACAUCAUACACUAUGUUGUGUGUGCCUUUAUGUUAUAGUAAAUUAAAUUAUAUAUAUUCUGUGUAAAACAUUUUUGGCAGCCAUAUCAAAAGGUAUCAUAUAUUUAUGUAUAUGUGCAAUUUAAGAAUAUUUUACUGAUACCAUUAUAUGAUAUGCUGCUGAGUGUUAUGUAUUUCAUUGUAAAAAUACCAUAUCUUCCAUUCCUUUUCUACAUUGUGAUAUUGUUUGUACUUCCAGUGUUCAAAAAAAUGUACAAUAUUUUGAAGUGAUA